AAGUGUGACCCAAUAACUGCAAUUCAAACUCAUCUAUCAUUCUCUUUCUUUCUCUCAAAAACUCACCCACCGCAAUUUUUUUUUCCCUAACAAUGGAUUCAAGUAACAAUGAAACAACCCACGAAUUCCCACCAUACUUCAAAGUCUACAAAGAUGGUCGCAUUGAAAGGUACAUGGUCCCAGAUAGCGGAGGUAACCACCUUGCACCCGCAGGCCUAGACUCCAAAACUGGGGUCCAAACCAAAGACGUCGUCGUUUUGCCCGAAUCAGGUGUCUCAGCUAGACUCUUCAUCCCCAAAAUCAACGGCCCAGAUCAAAAGUUCCCUCUAGUUGUUCACUACCACGGUGGGGGCUUCUGCCUUGGAUCACCUUUCAUGAAAACCUUUCACAACUUUCUUGUUUCCUUAGUCUCAGAAGCCAAAGUGGUUGUUAUUUCCGUUGACUAUAGGCUAGCCCCAGAGCAGGCUCUACCAGUUGCACAUGAAGAUUCUUGGGCUGCGAUGCAGUGGAUUUCAGCCCACUCAAAUGGGCAAGGACCCGAACCUUGGUUGAACCAGUAUGCGGAUUUCGGGCGGGUUUUUGUGGCGGGUGAGAGUGCAGGGGCUAACAUAGCCCAUUACGUUGCAGUCCAAGCUGGCGCUACAGGAUUGGCUGGUCCUAAUGUUAUUGGGUCAAUCAUAUUGCACCCAUAUUUUGGGGGCAAAGAGCCUGAUAAAAUGAUUAAUUAUAUGUACCCGACUAGUGUCGGGUUCAAAGAUCCGAUACUGUACCCGGAAGCGGAUCCGAAUUUGUCAAAGAUGGCAGGUAAGAAAGUGCUGGUUUGUGUGGCGGAGAAAGAUUGGCUAAAAGAUAGAGGUUUGGGUUAUUGUGAAACAUUGAGAAAGAGUGGUUGGAAUGGUAGUGUGGGAUAUUUUGAGAGUGAAGGAGAGGGACAUGGGUUUUUUCUGUUGAACCCAAGUAGCGACAAGGUGGGGCCACUGAUCAAAGCCAUGGUUGAUUUCAUAAAUCAGAACUAAGGACUCCGUUAGAACUCAGUUAAGGGCUGCCGUUAAUUGAGCCAAAAUGACGUCAUUUUGGCUUUUUUUUAUUAUUAUUAUUAUAAUAAAUUUCGGAAUUUAAAGAAAAAAAGAAAAAGAAAAAUCUCUUAAAAAAAAAAAAAAAACCCAAACCAGAGAACUCAGUAGCAGCGAGAGUCAGAAACCAGAAGAAGAAGAAGCAGCACACACAAAUGUCUUCCUCAACCGUUAUUCGAGAGCUACAACGCUAUUUUUUAGCCAAAUCUAACGAUCUCAGCAAAUGUAUUUUUUUAAUUAUAUGGUAUUAGUAUUUACACCCAAAUUUGGGUCAGCGAUGGCUAGAUUGAUUUCGAUGUUUGUGAGAGAUUAAUGGGGUUUGUGUGAUUAGGAAGAUGGGUUCUCAUAUGCUAGAUGUUCUAUGACUUUAGUUUGUGCUUAUUCCUUGUUGUACUUGCUAGAUUACUGUAUUGAUUCAGUAACUAACUCUUAUUAGUAUGAGAAAAUCCUCGUCUUAGCUGUGCAAGGCUAUUUUCAUUACA